CGAAAGCCGGUGUCGACGGUGUCGAUCCCCGGCGCAAUGAAGGCGUACUCCGGGGGCAGAGACGCGGGGACUGAGGAGGCGGGGGUCGCGCUAGUCGGGGUCCACAGCGAGUACCCACGUUUCGGUGAGGAGCGAGCUCUUGGCGGCGGCACCUACAAAGGCGGGGGGACAGCUAAACACAAGCCAAACAUAGGAUAUAGGUUAGGUAGACGAAAGGCAUUAUUUGAAAAACGAAAACGAAUAAGUGACUACGCCCUUGUAAUGGGAAUGUUUGGUAUUAUAAUUAUGGUAAUAGAGAACGAACUUUCCAGUGCCGGCGUUUAUACUAAGGCGUCAAUUUACUCGCAAGCGUUAAAAACACUAAUCUCCAUGUCAACUGUGAUCUUACUCGGCCUAAUUGUUGCUUAUCACGCAUUAGAAGUACAGUUAUUCAUGAUUGAUAACUGCGCUGAUGACUGGCGAAUAGCUAUGACUUGGCAGAGGAUAGCACAGAUUGCGUUAGAACUCGCGAUCUGUGCAGUUCACCCCAUUCCUGGCCAAUACACCUUCACGUGGACCACCAAACUGGCCAACAAAGGAGGUGUUAUAGGGGUUGAAGUUGUUCCCUACGACGUAACUCUCUCUUUGCCGAUGUUCUUUCGUCUGUACUUAAUAUGUAGAGUCAUGCUUCUUCAUAGUAAACUAUUCACCGACGCAUCUUCACGAAGUAUAGGAGCCUUAAAUAGAAUUAACUUUAAUACUAGGUUUGUGCUAAAAACGCUCAUGACAAUUUGUCCUGGUACAGUACUCUUAGUGUUCAUGGUGUCACUAUGGAUAAUAGCAAGUUGGACGUUGCGACAAUGCGAAAGGUUUCACGACGAAGAACACGCUAAUCUACUCAAUGCGAUGUGGCUAAUAGCCAUAACAUUUCUCUCCGUUGGUUUUGGAGACAUUGUGCCAAAUACAUACUGCGGCAGGGGUAUUGCCGUAAGCACCGGUAUUAUGGGAGCUGGAUGCACUGCGUUAUUAGUUGCGGUUGUUUCAAGGAAGUUAGAGUUAACUAGAGCUGAGAAGCACGUUCAUAACUUCAUGAUGGAUACACAACUUACUAAAAGACUGAAAAACGCAGCGGCCAAUGUGUUGAGGGAGACUUGGCUAAUUUACAAGCAUACGCGGCUCGUGAAGAGGGUCCACCCCGGCAGAGUGAGGACACACCAGAGGAAGUUUCUAUUAGCCAUAUACGCGUUAAGAAAAGUGAAGAUGGAUCAGAGAAAGUUAAUGGACAACGCGAACACAAUAACAGACAUGGCAAAGGACCCUUUCCUGUUGCAGACCCAGAACACGGUCUACGAAAUAGUAUCUGACAUGAGCACACGACAGGACACCAUAGAAGAGAGAUUAACCAGUUUAGAAGAAAAACUCACUUCUUUACAGGAGCAAAUGAAUACGAUACCGGACAUAAUGGCCCGAUGCUUGCAACAACAUUGGGAGAGAACCGAACAGCGUAGGAACUAUCUACAUCCGGACACGGCGGCUGUACCCACGCCUCCCUCGUCAACAAUCACACCGUAUGCCAGGCCACUAGCAUCAGCGUCGCACCCGUGGCCACCUAGUCCUGUGGGUCACCAGGCGGCGCGCGCGCACUCUGCGCCCGAGAGCACGGCCGCCCAUACGCCGACAGCGCAGCUCGCGCCCACCAGCCCCGCGCCCGCGCCGCCCCGCACGCAGCUGCCUAGCUGAGUACCGCCCUCCAAUUCCGAACUCCUUUGCUGAACUCGACGAAACUCGGCUCCUAUCCCCUUCUUAUAUCAUAACUAUUAGUAAGUUUAUCGGGAAAAUUGUUUCACAAUAGGUUAUAAUGCAAAUUGUAAAGCAAGCUUAAUUGACCAUACUUUUUCUUAUGAUUAAAUAUUCUAUUCAUUUGUGCAACGACAAAUUUAUUAUAAUCAAUCGUAGUAAAUUGGAAGAGUGAAAUGAGUUUCCCGGUUCACCGAUGGAAGAAGCCAGCGUGAGACAAGGCAAGCCGUAGUUAUCUUCGCUGUUCCCCAAAGUUUCGGAAGUGUCUGACUGUUUUCUAGUGGUAUUGUUUAGAUAGUAGACGAAGAACGAAAAGACCUAAUACUGUGAGUUAACGAUAUGCUUUAUCAAGAAACGCCUUGUCAAAACAUAGAUGAUAUUAUUUUAAAGUUUAAUAUUAAGUAUCAUACUCAUUUAAAUAUUUUAAUACACAGCAAUUAUACAUAAGUAUACAGCGUUAUUAUUUGAACAUCAUUCAUUAUACAUUGCGCUAUUUAUAACAUACCACGUCGUUUAUACUCGCUUUACUGCAUUGCAUAAAUGAAACACCAUGUAUCUACGGUCUAUGAAACUAUGAGUUUACACUAAUAA